CCCUUUUAACCCUGUCGUAGCUCAGUCGAUUAAGGCAGUGUCUGGGAUGCUCCCGGACGCAGGUUCGAAUCCUCGUCACGGCCCUUGUGGAUUUGUUCAAGUACACCAGAACAUUGAAAAUGUCUUGAAUUUGUUUUUCCACAAUUUGCUUAAUAUUAAUGCUUCUAGAACUAGGCAGAAAAUUAUGACUGCUGGCAGUGUUGCCCUUCUCAAAUUAUUGUGCAGCCAUGUUAGUUGUCAGAACGAAUUGGAUUCUUGAAGAAAAAUUCACGUCCUUGUGGGUAUGAAUUGGUGGAGGGGGGGGGGUGGUCAUUGGGAGGUUAUCUUGAGAUGAUUUCGGGGCUUUAGUGUCCCUGCGUCCCGGUCCUCGACCAGCCCUCCACAGGUAUGAAUCAGUAUACGAAUACCUCCCAUACCACAGGUAUGGGAAGUAUGAAUCAGUGAAGGGGUCCUCGGGUGGGGGGGUGUUAGUCAGUCAAGGGGAUCCUUUGCCAGAAUUCGACCAGUAUUUAUGCAUCGAUAUUAAUCUGUACAUGUUUUCUCAGUCUUAGCGGGCUUUAUUUACAUUAAUUAGACAGAUUUUGUGCUCUGAUGCACUAGGAUUAUCGCCAUAUUAUAAACAGGAGGCUGUUUAUAAUAACAAUAACAACAUUUGUUUUGGAAGUUUCGAUGCUCAUGAGCUUUUCAAUAAAUCUUUCCAAUAAAGAUUGAUCAAUAAAUGGUAAUAAAGUCACCAAAGAUUGAAAAAAGAUGUUCAGGUUCGUAAGUACAGUGCUUGCAUAACUGCUUGAUGAAUCCAGGCCCUGGGGAGUGUGAAUUGGUGAAGAGGUCCUGCUUUGUUAUUAAAUUGGUGAACUACGUCAAUUUGGCAUUGUAUUGUUACUCGGUGGAAUACUUGUAACCCUCAAGUAUACUUGUAAUACUUGUGACCAGGCCUUAAGAGGUCUGGUCUACGACUGGGCCGCGGGGACACUAUGCCCUGGAAGCACCUCAAGGUAACCUCGAAGAUCAGCUAUCAUAAAAAUUGACACCUUGCCUUUGUGCAAAAUAAUAACCUUCAGAACUAUAAAGUUUCCUGAUAUUGUACACCAUUGACAACAAGUUAUGCAGUUUGCAAUGGAGUGGAUUGUGUUUGUUGCUUCACUUAAGUUUGACUUUAGCACAUUGUGUUAACCACUGUACUACACAGGGAUACAAUAUGAAAUACCUGGAGAGGGUUCUGGGAGUUCUUCUACUCCCCAAGCCCAGCCUGAGGCCAGGCUCGACUUGUGAUAAAGCUCUGGGUGCACCGACAAAAAAAAUACUCCCAGCAUUUUUUUUAUAUUGUUAAAAGGCCUUUUCUGGUCAUGGGAAACUAAAAAAAAAAUAUUGCACGUGACACGGCUGUAAUGGGAUGAGGAAUUGUGGAAAUAUUCACUCACUGAGAGACACAUGCAGCAGUGAACUCCAAGCGGGAAGUGAGGCGGGGGCUGCCGCAGAUAUAUUGUGACGGGUUGUGGUAUCGCCCGGCUUGCCUCUUGAGUCGUACCAGGCUGUGCCAGGCCCUCGGGGAUAUGGAGAGGUGGCAGGACUGAUGACUCAUUUGGGCUGGUGUAGAUUUAUACAUCUACUAGUUUUGGUGUAGAUGUAUACAUCUACAUCCCCAGGAUACUUCCUGGGGAUGUACUUCCAGUGCAGAGGCAUUGAAGGUGAAGGGAAUAGGCAGUUCCACUGCUAUGCAGGGGAUUCACGUGACAAUAUUAUUACAUAAUUAUUCCAGUGUUUUUCAAUGGUUUUAUAUCCAGUUUUUUGCAGUAAUAUUAAUAUUGAAUAGUGUAUAAUUUGAGGAAUUUAUAUACUUAAAUGUGUGGAAAUAAGCCAAGAAAUAAGAUGCUUAUAUCUUAUGACACAUACAUUACAUUCUUAGAUCAAUCGAACUGCUUUUGCUGUUAUUAUGCUAUAUUUACACUAUAUAUAACUGGACAUUUUUGGGCACCAUUACAAAUCACCGAGAGGGUCUGUUGUGAGUUUUAUAUACAUGGAACGGUCCAAGGUCAGCCUAGCGCCCGACAGUUGGGGUGCUCGCCUAGUUGUGCUUGCAGGGGUUGAGCUUUGGCUCUUGGGUUAGUAGGUGAGGUGCGGGCUGCCCCAAAUGCAUUUGUACAUAAUUACUGUAUUUGAGUGGUUUUAUAUCUAGGUUUUCUGUAACUUGGAGUUUUGUGAUCUAGUCAUCUUGAUCUCAAUAUAAUUGCCAUAGAAGUCUUAUAUAUGGAUAGGUACUAUACUGUACUAUUAAAUGAAUAUGAAGAAACAGCGAUACCAUACCUUGUGGCUUGUUUUGUAAUACUUAACUUCUCGACUAAAAUUUAAACUCUUAAAAAUCUGAACAUAUGAAGGUACAGUGUUUGGGUGUUGUGGAACAAAUACACCUUACAGAGUUUCCAACACUUGGGCCUUGAAAUUAUAGAUGAUUACACACCAUUAAUCCUUUAAAAUUAAGUAUAGAUAAAGCAGGGAAAGUAGUCGGCUACUUUUCUGCAAGUGAGACAUAACAAAAGUUAUUGCUAGGGUUAAGGACACAUUUGGUCUUUAAAAGAAACUGGUGUUGAGAAAAUAUUGAGAUCUUUAUGAUGGGAUUACACCUGCAUCCCUGGAUUUCCCAGGCACCUGCAUUAGGGAUGUGGGAGGCUUAAUCCCGUCGUGCGAUCUUGAUAUUUCUCAGAUUCAUCACGGGAUUUCAUUGUGUAAACUGGUACAAUCUUGAAACAAGCGUACUUGGUUUCUUGUGGAAUCAUACCUUGACCUUGAGGUUACCUUGAGGUGCUUCCGGGGCUUAGCGUCCCCGUGGCCUGGUCGUCGACCAGGCCCGGUCGUCGACCAGGCCUCCUGGUUGCUGGACUGGUCAACCAGGCUGUUGGACGCGGCUGCUCGCAGCCUGACGUAUGAUGUAGUAUCCUGUCAUUAGGAGGGAUUUGCUACUUUUGUAUAGUAAUUGGUUUGAUUUGUUUCCUCUCGCCAGUGUUCGAAUUAAUGCCCUUCCGUAAUUUGCCAAUAUACAGCCGUCACUAAUCUCCUAAAAUGGAUCAAGGUGGAAUUCUGUGAAACAUUGUUAGUGAUGCUUGUCUUCAUAUCAUCAUGUACAAUACAGUACGUGCUUCAGAUUUUAACAAAAUAAUUUGAUGUUCAAAAAUGAUAACUGUGAAGUCACUGUCCUUUGUAAUUAAGCAUCAGUAUUAUAUCUUUUGUUUUUUUUCUGUGUUUGACUGUUGGAAACCUUUAAUAAUUGAUUUACAAACUGAAGUGUACUUAGCACAAAAUAUUAAGUGAACUCUUGCAGUUAAUUUGUUAGCUUAAGUGAUUCAGGAAAUAAUGAAUGUAGAUCAUUAAACAAGUUAUUAGGCAGAAUUAUUAGGCAGCGACCGAAUAAUUCAUAUGAUUCUACAGAAUGUAAUAAAUUGACUCUUCAUGCACUUGGAAGUCUUGUUGGUUGACUGAGUGUCAUUGGGUUAAUUUGUCACAUUGUAGUUGUAAAAGCGUUAAUUAUUUGUUAAAAUACUCUGUUGUUGCUGUACUUCUAAGGAAUGAUACAAGUAAUAUGGAUCAUUGAAGCUUAAUUAAGGAGACAUUUAUGACAGUAAAACGAUAAAUGUGAAAUUUGGACGAGAGUAAUUUACUUUCAUGAUACUAUCGUAAAGUAUAAGGAAAAGUCAAUUAGCUUCCAGCUGGAAGGAACAUUUAGUAUCAUUAGAUAGUGAAUGUGUGUUGUUUGUGUGUGUGUGUGCACCCACACAUUGAGUAUCCUGUACAGUACUUAUAGGAAAAUGCGCACAUUUCCAUCCAUAUUUCUUUCAUUUAAGCUUGAAGUUAUAGAAGCUUGGAAAGAUGUUGCUCUUCCUGUUAAUUCAUCAUACGAUGUAAUAGCAGGGGGGGAAUAUACCAUGAUGGUGUGAUUUGGAGUAAAAACAGGAUAUGAGUGUACACAGUGAGGGGGAGGCUGGCAGGAUAUAAGUCGAGCAUCCCACGAUGUGGGCGGGCAGGGAGUGACACGUGUGUGGAGUAGGUAGUGUGCAGUAGCAGCUGUCACAAGGGAGCCCACACUAAUGUUGUGUCUUCUUCUCUCUUCUUAUCAUUUUACAGGUUGGCCCGACUCUCAAAGAUCGUUCGAUCCUUUUGGCUGAUGCCGAUCAUCCAUUGCUGCGUCCCAGUCCUCCGCACUACUUAGGGCAAACAUACUAUAUUACCUUUCAUUUUGUGAAGCAUUAUCCUAGACCAAGCAGUGCUACUUUCAUUUGAGAGUUAACAAUAUUUCCCUGUCAAUGCAGUAAGAUUAACAAUUUGCCUAAGGAAAUAUUGAGCCAUUUAGAGGACUAUUCCUUCACAAAGCAAGUUAUGCCACAGGCAAGCUUAUAUUGAUGCCCUGUUGCUUUGUGAUGGUAAUUUGCUUUUGUUUGUUUUGUUAUCUUUGCAGAUAUUGGCGUAUGGGUUCUGCUUUCACUGAAGUGCGGUGCGCCUGCCCGAGUGUCAAAGAGAAUAGGAUCUGUACAUUUGGCACACAAAUUUAGUUAAUGAAUUUAGGGAAUGUGAAUUACUGUACUCAUUAGUACAGAUGAGUCUUAGACUUAAAAAAAUCAGAAUAUGGUUUUGCCAUACCUGUCAAAUGACUUAUAGGAAUAUGUAACCCUUUAAGAACUUAGAAACAUUUCGCUCCUGGGAUCAGAUUUUGUUUUCGUAUGUACAUAAGUCAGUUGGAGUGAAUGUGGUGACUGUUCUGCAUCAGUGGGUUGGAGGGUUUUUAUAUUCUACUCUUUGCAGGGCACAGGUUGAGCAGCCACUGGCCACCCCACUGUGUGUGUACCUUGUGAAGAUACAGGAAGCUUAGAGGCUGCAACCCAGCCACCAGUGCCUGUCUCAGGGCUGUGUGGCUGGUUCAUACUCAUGGUCAUUCAUUCCCAUAUGUCACCCUUCAUGGUAACCCACUCAUCAAAUGCCAAACAAAACCAAUAAGAGUGAUAUCUUUUUUGUGAAUAUGUGAUAUGCCUGUUCUUUUUUUCUUUGUCGUUUCAUGGAGUAAGGUGGGCAGAAAGGCCUCUACGACAGGGGAGAUUCAGCGGCUGGCCGUUCGUCAGUUAGCUGGGGCUGCUAUUUACGCAAUGUAGCUUCCCCAGUGCAGUGAGGGGGCAGCUCGUGCACGUUCUCCUGUGCGAGAGGUUGAUCAGUCUGGCACUCUCAUCUUGGGUGCUGGAGCCAAGAAGGACGACGUGGUUCACCUCCUCGGGCAAAGCCUACCGCGCCUCUCCUCCGACCAGAAGGAUACUGUAGCUAGAGCCAAGAAAUAUGCCAUGGAACAGUCUAUUCGUCUUGUCCUAAUGAAGCAAACAUUAGCGCACCAACAGCAGUGUCCGUGCGAUAUCUGGAGAACGUCUUCAUGUAUCGGCUUGACACUUUCAGUACAGCAAGCCAAAUCUUUACAACGACACCAGGCUCUAGUUCUAAUGUGUCGAGUGUACGUUGGCAGCAUAAGUUUCGAGCUGAAGGAGGACACCAUACGUCAAGCCUUCGUUCCCUUCGGUCCAAUCAAAUCCAUAAAUAUGUCGUGGGAUCCCGUUACUCAAAAACAUAAAGGAUUUGCUUUCGUCGAAUAUGAGAUGCCCGAAGCAGCGCAAUUAGCACUGGAGCAGAUGAACGGUGUGAUGAUUGGUGGUCGCAACAUCAAAGUUGGACGCCCAUCAAAUAUGCCCCAGAAUUGGUCGACAGCACAGGGCCUCAGUGCCUGUGAUGUCACUCAAGCAAGACUUCUUUCCAUGACAAGGACAACAGAUGGUGCGCAGACAGUCAUUGAUGAGAUAACUGAAGAGGCCAACUAUUACAAUCGUAUUUAUAUCGCGUCGGUUCACCAGGACUUGUCGGAGAGUGAUAUUAAGAGCGUCUUCGAGGCUUUUGGUAAAAUCAAACAAUGUAUGCUAACGCCUGGCACCACCCCGGGAAAGCACAAAGGUUACGGCUUCAUAGAGUACGAAAAUUCCACGUCGGCUCAAGAGGCUAUUGCAUCCAUGAACCUGUUCGACUUGGGAGGCCAGUACCUGAGGGUCGGCAAAGCCAUUACCCCUCCCGGUUCUUUUUAUGGUCCUCUAUCAGCGCCAACACAGAUGCCAACUGCAGCAGCAGUUGCGGCAGCAGCAGCUACUGCCAAGAUACAAGCCAUGGAUGCUCUUGCAACAAAUGCCAUUGGUCUUGUACAAGGCCUUAGUAGCUCUCCUGGUUCUAUGUCUCAGCUGCCACCAGUUGGCGUUGUUGGCAGUGUGCCUCCGGUGGGAACAGUUGGUAGCGUUACCUCGUCGGGUGGUAUGGGAACUCCUCCGCUCGGCGUCUUGGGUGGCAGCGUUACGUCCGUUCCUCCCGUGGGAGUGGUAACUAGUUUGCCUAACCUUGGUGGAGCAUCUAGUGGAGCAGCCAUACCUCCCCCAACAGUCAUUACCUCCUUGCCAGUUCCUGGCACCAACAGUUCCCCACUUGCACCUCCAUUGCCACCCUCAACGCCUAAUGCUGGCGGCGGCGCCGGUGGAAAUGCAACGGCGAAUGCUUCGGGCGGUGGCGACGACCGUAAACCAACACACCAGGAAGAACUGGCCAAGAAGCUCAUGGAGGACAACGAGCCCCAGACACUACAGCAGCAGGAGACUAUGUCCAUCAAGGGACAAUCAGCACGACAUCUGGUGAUGCAAAAACUAAUGAGGAAAGCAGAGUCAACAGUGGUGAUCUUGCGGAAUAUGGUAGGAGCUGAAGAAGUAGAUGAACUUCUCCAAGAUGAAAUUACAGAGGAAUGUGGUCGAUUUGGCACCGUAAGACACGUUAUCAUAUAUCAAGAGAGACAAUCUGACGAAGAAGAUGCAGAAGUUCUUGUCAAGAUCUUUGUGGAAUUCUCAAGUCCACAUGAAAGUACGGCUGCACAGGAUGCUCUGAAUGGCAGAUACUUUGGAGGACGACUGGUAAAAGCUGAACUAUACGACCAAAAUAUGUAUAAUCACAAUGACCUCUCAGGGUAGAAAUUAUGCAGUGUUGUGUAAUAUGGUUAUGCCUGCCCAUACAGUAUUCUUUCAUACUGCAUAUAUAUAUAUAUAUAUAUAUAUAUAUAUAUAUAUAUAUAUAUAUAUAUAUAUAUAUAUAUAUAUAUAUAUAUAUAUAUAUAUAUAUAUAUAUAUAUAUAUAUAUAUAUAUAUAUAUAUAUAUAUAUAUAUAUAUAUAUAAAUACAAAAAACACACCUGGGCAAUGGAUGUGUAGGAGUAAGUUUUUCUUUGAUUUAUUUUUUUAAUCAUCUGAGCAAUGGUUUUCAAAGUGACUUUAAAUAGGAGAGAAGAAUACUAGUUCCUGUAGAAUAUCACCCCCAUUAUUCACACACUCACUCUUGCCGGUUCCGGCUAAUGUGAGGCUCAUUUUCCUCAUUCAUUUCAGCUUUUGAUAUUCAUUUAACACGUGUAGAUAAUUACCCAUUGUAUGUUAUAAUUGUCAUAUGUAUAUAUAUACGUUUCCUCUUCCUCUCCGUGACGUUUGAUGAAAACCAACUGCAAGUCCUAGAGUGUGCUCUUAAAAUCUUGGACUUAUCACAUAUACAGUUAUGAGACUGGUACAUUUAUAAUAAA